AUGGAAGACGAGAAGAAGCUGCAGACGUCCAAGAAAUGGCUUCACAAUUUAUCGACAGGUGCCAAAGGUAUCAACGAGCUAGAGGCCUUAACUCAUGUUGGCCUACAGCUCGUGAACGCCCACAAGGGCUUCUUCCGCUGCAGCUUCAUCGUCCCCGACCACCUCUCUGACGAAGAUGGAAACUGGCAUGUCGGAGCUAUCGCAACUAUGAUCGACGAUGUUGGGGCCGCCACCGUAUACUCAACCGUCGGUCAAGUUAAAUCCGUGGACUUCACCAUUUCAUAUUACGCGAGGGUCAAGACUAGAGAAGAGGUUGAGUUGAAGGCUGAGGUUGUAGGGGACAUGGGGAAGCUCGUAUUUGUGGUGGUGAAGGUAACAAGGAAAGAGAAUGGAGAAAUGGUUGCUUUGGGUAAGCAAUGGAUGACCACAUUUUCUUUCAGGACCGGUCAAUCUCAAGCCAGUAGUCGGCUUUGAGGAUCCUUCAUAUCACUUGGCAUGUAUCAAAUUCUUGCCCUUGGGGAUGAGGCCCCUGAGAUAGUUAUGCGAUGUGUGUUUAGAAAUCUG